UUGAAUGUCAGUACUUUGAACAGUUAUGGUACUUUGCAAAGUUUCCCAGCAUCAGAAAGUCUUCAGGAUAGUGGAAUUUACACUUGGUUUCUCGACAAGCUGCAUUUUUUUUGACAGAUAGAGAGAGAGAGAGAGAGAGAGAGAGAGAAAGAGAGAGAGAGAGAAAGAGAGAGAAGUUUGAGAGGGAAGAACUGUUUAUCAUGGCUAUAAUAUAAAUGGUAUCAGGAACAUAUUUGUCUCAUGUGUUGAAGAUUAUAUCUUAAAUAUAAACCCUUAAAAUCUGCGACCGUGCAGUUAUAUGAAACCACACAGUCUACCUAUCACAAAAGGAUGCAAUAGUGGUACAAUGUACACUGACUAGCCACAUUAAUAGGAACACCUGCAUUCCAUGCAAUUAUCCAAUCAACCAUGUGGCAACAGUGCAACACAUAAAAACACUGGGCACAGGCUCACCGAAACUGGACAGGUGAAGACUGGAAAAAAAAAAAAAGUGAAAAAUAAGUUUUUCCAAUCUUCAGCCAUCCAGUUUGGGUGAGUUUGUGCCCACAUGCCAUAGUCAAAGUCACAGAGAUCAAAUUUUUUUCCCAUCCUGAUGUUUGAUCUGAACAUUAACUGAGGCUCUUGGCCUGCAUCUGCAUGACUGUAUGUAUAUGAGUGUAUGCACUGCGCUGCUGCCACCUGAUUGGCUUAUUAGAUAAUUGCAUGAAUGAGUAGAUGUACAGAUGUUCCUAUUAAAAAUUAGCCAAUGACUGUAAGUGUUAGGGCAUUUUAUUGAGGCUUAGAACAAGCAGAACAAACACGCCUAGGCAGCAGGGACUUCCACAAAUAAAUCUCAGAGAAAGACUAGAGCUCCUGCCCUCAGACUGUACAAGUGCCUUCUUGGCAGCUGUAUAUAAUUAUUGUGCUUUGCAUGGCCCCUCAGGGCACCCAGUGUUUACAAUCAUAUAAUUAGUGGAAUUCUCUGUAUAACUCUUGACUUUUUAUUUAGUUCUUCCUGUUGAAGGACACUAUUUACUAAUUACUGGGAAAUUAAUAUGGAAGAUAUUUAGUUCUGACCAACUGAGGGAUCCUGGAAGUUUAAGGUCAGGUCAUACUUGCAAAUUGGCCAUGUCAAUACCAGCCUACUCACGAGCAAGCUAUCUAUCUCAUUAAUUAUCAUUAAAAUUAGGCUAGAUACCUCAAUUAUCAUAGAGAGAUUUCAAAUAUUGUCCUAAUUUCCAUAUCUGAUGCAUGAUGCAUUUUGUCAUACAGUGGGAUCAAAAAAAAGUCUGAGAGCACUACAGAAAAUGCUUCUAUUUUUUUUUCUUUUUUUCAAUGCCUCUAUCUGUUUUCAUUAGAAAAUGUAAUUAUUUGCAAUAUAAGUAAAAAGUAGAAUCUUAGAAAUAUUCACAUAAAUUUCAGAAUUGUAUCUGAUAUGUUGAUUACAUCCUGACGAUCCACGUUAGAUCAAAUCCAUCAGAGUGUCGUCUGAGCAUGUGCUUCCAUGAAAGGGAUGAGACUCAAGGAAAAUCUGACCUACAGAGGAAUGAACAAAUUUGCUUCACUUUAAAUAGUGACCUAGAAAUAUGACAGAAAUCGCUCCUGCAGAAAUCGCCCUUCUUUGUUUUCCAGUUAAUACCAGAUUUUCAAUAUAGUCUCAGUCUUUUGCACCACACUGUACGUUACAGUCGUCCCAUUUUAUCCUGGUAGUGUUAUAUCCAUAUUGUUUACUAGGUUGUAGUAAAUUAUUCCAUUACCGUAGCAAAAGCUGAGAAAAAAAGAAGAAAAAUUGUAUCCCUGUUUUCCAAUGCGCAAGUUGUAGUCUUUAGUCUUGUGUGUGGUGUUUGAGAUGUAGAUAGCAAUUUUAUUUCACCUAAAAGCGCAAUGUUUUGGGCAAUAAGCAAAUUGAUGACACAAUUUUUGCCUAGAUAGACUACGCCUCACUUCACCUCAUCUCACCUCUUUCAACACGCUAUAUCUAGGGUUUCAUUUUAUACUCUGAAUAAUGGCGAUUUUGUCAUGCUUAAUGCCCAAACAGACUUGAGAGACACAAUUGUUUUAUUUUAGUUUUUUUCUCUCAUUUAUGGUACAUUGGUAAAAUGGAGAAGGGACCAUUAGCAGAAAUAAGGUUGAAGCCUGGAAGCUUGAUUGUUAAGAUUGUUAAGAGAACCAAAUCCCAGCGAUGUUUGCAUUGCUCGUUUCCUCGGAAGAUUAUUCAAAGUUGUGCAUCUUGGUUUGAAUUUAUUUGUUUACUGCUUCUAUGAGUGAAUUUAUUUAAGAGGUCUGUUCAGAAUAGUGCUCAAAUGCAUCACAUCGAGAGAUGAAGGCUGUUCAUGCUGUCCUCCUCUUUGUGGCUUUAGCAGGAGCAGCCACUUGUCAGUUAGUGAGAAAAAACAUUUUUGUGAACAGACCGUUGUCCUGGACUCAAGCUCGGGAAUACUGCAAGACAUAUUAUGAAGACCUGUCGACAAUUAACACACCAUGGGAGUAUGAAAAGUUCAAAAAUGAUGUAGCAGAUUAUCUUUCAGCGGAAUGUUGGGUCGGCCUUAGUAAGAGUUCGUUUAACUUGAUCUAUACUGAGUGGUCUGAUGGAAGCGCUUUAGGAUUUCCUGUGUGGAAAUUUGGAGAGCCUAAUAACCUGCGCUCUUAUCACUGUGUGACUAUAAACAAUAUGGAGCUGGCUGAUUAUGACUGUAAACAACCUCUGAAGUUCUUCUGCUACAAAUGGGUGCCUCAGAUGGUCUUGGUAGAGAUGAUGAUGAACUGGGAAGAGGCACUGCAGUACUGCAGAACAUACUACACUGACCUGGUAAGUGUGACCAGCGACAAAGAUCUGAGUGUGGCCAUAUCGACGAGCAUGACCAGUCAGACUCGCAGUGUUUGGACUGGCUUGCACUUCAUGGAUGGCUCAUGGUUCUGGGUGAACCAGAAUCAUCUGGAGAACCUGACCUUGCUGCCCUCAUGCCCCAUCAGACCUUUCCACUGUGGAGCCCUAAAAGCUGGAGAUGAUGGUUGGGAAAACAGAGACUGCAAUGAGGAACUGAACUUCCUUUGCAACUACUAAAAAGGGUCGCUGCAAUCAAAAAAAUGGGACCAGAUGGAACAACAAAGAAGAAGACAUAGGCCUAUGUGAUGCAUGUCUGUCUGUUACAUUUUGGCUAGAUUAAGUUUUGUGUGGUAGCAGCCAGAACUGAAUAAAUUGACUGAAAUCAUUUACUAUUUAUCCUAUUGUUGUCAGUUAGAUAUCAUGUAUAACAUUUUAUUACAAUAGUCUCAUAUAAACAUGUUAGUAGUACCAGUAAAAACGAUUUUGCUCUUUCA